AUGGCACUCAUGGAAAAGGACAGUAUUUCUAUGGCAUACAUCAAGAGCAAGGCUCCCCCUCCUGAGUGGAAGAAAUUUGUGGAGAAGUUAUCACUAAAAUUAAGUGGUGGCAGACAUGUCCAAGGAAUAUUGUGGGGCUCUGAUCCCUUUAUGAAUCUUGUGAUAGUUGAAUGUGUGGAGGUGGAAACUAGUGGGCAACAGAAUACUGGAGUGGUGGUAACACGAGGAAACAGUAUCAUCAUGUUAGAAGCCCUGGAACCAGUAUGAACAAUGGCUGUGUUCAGCAGAGAAAUCAACUGCUUCCACAUGUCCCCUCCACAUUUUACUAUGAUAAAAACUGGCUCGUGUACAUUUUAUUACUGAACAUUUUUAUUAAAUAAACUUUUGUAAUAGGGGAAAAAUACUCAUUAACCUGGAUGUUUAUGGAAUGGGGUGUUCCGGAUGCCUGAAGUGCUGACUGAUAGAGGAGGACUCAAAGCACUCCUUGUGACUGAAAAGCUCCUGAAAAUGUAAUACCUCAAUUAAUAGUAAACAAUUGUUUCCUGUGUGUCGGGUGUUGGGGCCUGGAAGUAUCUCUCUCAAAGAGGAGAAACCUAGGAAUCUGCUGCACAUUCAAGUAACUUGGUAAUUCAACAAAAUCAUUUCAUUCUCCAAUGAAAAGAAAUAGGACUUAGAGAAAAAGCUGAUUCUAGGUUAGGGACAGGAAAUACACAAGACAAGUCUGGACUAUCUUGUAGUACCAGAAACUAAGGAAGUGCUGUUAAAAACAAAACAAAACCCCUCAAAACACCAAUAAUGGGAGUACGUAAAAGGCACACGGGCCAGAAAGAGCUCCCAAUGGCCAAAGCUGGAAGAGUUUGGGCAAGAAAAUGAAGUAGUACUGGAUUAAACCUAAAAUAUAAAAUAAACAGCCCAGAGUCCAUACUGAUAUAAAGAAAUGAGGGAGAAGACAAAUCCAUGCAGAACAAUUUCAAAUAGCUUCUGUAGCUACCCCGCCCUCAUGGAGGGGCUGUAUAACCCGCCACGCCUUAAGCAUGGGCUACGCAUAGUGAAUUCUUUCCGAAGAGUACAGCGUGGUAAGGGGAAGAAAAGAGUCACUUUACACACAGAACCCUGAAGAGCACUGCCUGAGCAGGUGAUCAAGGGCAACAUCAACUGUGACAAGCCAUCCUGACAAGCACCCAGCCCUGACAUAAGAAUGGUACUUUAUCUCUGUGGUCUUCCUCCCAAAAAUAAAUAACUCAUGAGAAAAACGUCAGACAAAUCCCAACUGAGGGACAUUCUACAGAACAUCUGACCCUCAAAACUCUCAAGGUCAUCAAAACAAAGUCUGAGAAACUGUCAGCGCUAACAGGAGCCCAAGGCUACAUGAUGACUAAAUGUAAUGUGAUAUCCUACGUGGGAUUCUGCAACAAGAAAAAGGCAUUAGUUAAAAAUUAAGGAAAUGUAAAUAAAGUAUGGACUUUAGCUGCUCCAUGUAUCAACAUUGGUUCAUUAGCUACAGAGGAAACUGGGUAUAUGGGACUUCUUUGUACUAUACUAUCUUCGUAAUAUUUCAGUAAAUCUAAAAUCAUUCUAUCACACAGUUUAUUUUAAAAAAAGACACUGCCUACCCUCAUGGAACUGAGACUGCAACUGAAUAGAUAAGCACGUUAUGUGAUUCAGCAGAUUCUGCAACCAAAUAUGUGCAAAACCCUGUGGAGCAAGGUGGAGGCUGGGUGGGGAGGGCGGCUCGAAAAGGCUUUACAAAGAGAGGAGGGUGCACGAGGAGAGGUGGGAGAACAGAGAUGUUAAGCUUGGUGAGAGUAGAGGACACGUGCAAGGGAGUGGCCAGAACAAAAUAGUGGAGAGACCAGAAAGGGCAGGAAUGCAGGAGCUACUGGCUAGGUUUCAAGCAGGAUCACCUCGCAGGUAAGCACAAGGCCCGUGGAGACACAUUAUCUGGGAUCAAAUCCCGGCCUGUCACUCACUCCCGCUAGCUCUACGGGUGCCAUUGCCACUUGGUCCCUAAGGUCAACUGUAAAAUGGGGAUAACGUCACUGCCUAUCUCACAGGGACGCUGUGAGGAUUAUGUUAGUUAAUACCUGCAAAGCACCUUAGAACUGGGGCUACACAAUCAAUGUUCAAUAAAUGCUAAGUAUUGUUAUUGUACAAGCAGAAGAAUGAAUGACAAUCCAAUCUCUGUUUUAAAAGAGCUUUGGAGGCUGUUCAAGGUGGGCAGCGUCGGAGGGGUGGGAAGAGAGUGGAGGCUGCUACCAUAGUCCUGACACAUCUGGAGAUAUAGACAUAUACUGACUGAUUGGCUGUGCCGGGUCUUAGUUGCAGCAUGUGGACUUCUUAGCUGCGGCAUGCAUGUGGGAUCUAGUUCCCCGACCAGGGAUCGAACCUGGGUCCCUGCAUUGGGAGCACGGAGUCUUACCCACUGGACCACCAGGGAAGUCCCCUGGAUCUAUAUUUUUGUAAGGUUUUUUACUAAGUCCUCAAUGAGACCUUGACUUCCUCUGAAAUCAUUCUUAUCCAUGUGGAGGAAUACGGCAAGGAUAUGGUAAAAGUGUACACCAUUGCACACUGCUGAUGGCAGUAAAAACUGGUACUACUCCUUUGGUGAGAAACUGCCACUACUCCUCUGGAAAGAAACUGGCAAUACAUUUCAAGGGCCAGGAACUCUUUUUACACUCUGUGAUCUAAUUAUUCCCACUGCUGGAAAUUUAUCUCAAGAAAAUGACCCAGAAAGGGGGAAGGGAGACAGGUGCAUAAAUUCACUAAAAUAUCUUUUAAAGAGAAAAACUGGAAUCAAUCUAAUGUCUAACAAAAGGGAAAAUGUUAGCUGUAUCAUGGUGUGUCAAUUGCUGGAUAUUAUCAGUCACUUAAAAAAUUAUGAAGGACCAGAAAUGCUUAUAAUGUUAAAUAAAAACAAGCAAAGGGGAAACUGUUCAUACACUACAAUUGUCAUUACAUACAAAUGACAUGUGCAUAUGGAGAGAUUAAAAGAAAAUGGACAGAAAGAAAGGUGAUCUAUGAGGAUGGUAAUAUUUGAGCUUUUUCCAUUACUCUUAUGCUACUGUUUACAUAAAAUUUUAAAAUCUAAGAAUCUGAGAUUUUAUUUAGACUAUAGGAAUACUAGGUAAAAUGCCACUGAGUGUAAUUGAAACUGAUGUUAACUUUAAAAAAAAAAAAACCAGAUGAAUGGGGACUUCCCUGGUGGUCCAGUGGUAAAGAAGCUGCCCUCCAAUGCAGGGGAUGUGGGUUCGAUCCCUGGUCAGGAAACUAGGUUCCUAUAUGCCGUGGGGCAGUUAAGUCUGCACACCGCAACUAUUGAGCUCACGCGCCUCAACUAGAGAGCCUGCGUGCCACAAACUACAGAGCCCAUAUGCUCUCGUGCCCACGCGCCACAACUGUAGACCCAUGCAUCCUGGAGCCUGUGCACUACAACUACAGAAGAGAAGACCUACACGCCACAACUAGAGAAGCCUUCGCACCACAAUGAAGAGCCCACACCACAUUGAAAGAUCCCGCAUGCCGCAAAUGAGACUUGGACAAAAAAAUAACAAAGCAAAAACAAACAAACAGAUGAAUGAAUACACUAGGGAAAAUAAAUCCUUUUGUACUAUGGAAUUGCAAGGACGUGGGAAAAUAUUUGUGAUACAGUGUUAUAUGAAAAAGUAGGACAACUGUAAAUAUGAUAAUUAUAUAAAUAGGUUUAUAUAAUAUUAAAAUUGAAAUAAAAACAUCAUGA